GUUGGAGUCGGACAUUAAGAAGCUUAAGGCGGACCUACAGUUCAGCAGACAGACGGAGCAGGAGCUGCGCGUGGAGGCGGGGCGGGCCGCCCUGGCCGACCGGUCCGCGCGAUCAGAACUCUACCAGCUGAAGUCUGACAAUGAGAAUCUACAGUCAAAGUUGGAGUCGGACAUUAAGAAGCUUAAAGCGGACCUACAGUUCAGCAGACAGACGGAGCAGGAGCUGCGCGUGGAGGCGGGGCGGGCCGCCCUGGCCGACCGGUCCGCGCGAUCAGAACUCUACCAGCUGAAGUCUGACAAUGAGAAUCUACAGUCAAAGGAAUGCACGGAGAGCUGCAAGCAGCGGCGGCGCGAUCUGGAUAACGACGUCGCCCAGCUUCGCCGUGACCUGAGGAUGCGCGAGGACCAGAUACGACAGAUGCAGAGCGAGGCGCAGUCGCUGCGGCAGUACAAAGACCAGAUGAGUGAGGCGGAGGUGUUGAUGUCGGCGUUGUCGGCGAUGCAGGACAAAGCCGCUCACCUGGAGAACAGCCUGAGCGCGGAGACGCGUCUCAAGCUGGAUCUGUUCUCAGCCCUCGGCGACUGCCGGCGUCAGCUGGAGAUAGCCACGAGUCAGCUGAGCAAGCGCGAGGAGGAGCUGUAUUCUCUGAAGGCGAAGACGGUCGAACUGAUGGCCGUGAUGCCGCAGCCCGGAAGCUUCAUGCCGCCGACGUCAGAUGGCGCCACCAGCUCGAUGAUCUACUCGCCUAGCUUCGCGGUGUCGCGCGCCGAGUCACCCGGCAUGGCGUCGCCGGACGGCAGCAUGAUGAAUUCCAACCUGGACCCGAACGCGAUCUGUUACACGCCGAAAGGAAACUAGGAAACUAGGUCUCCCGGAAUCCCUCGCCCUCUCCCUCCUCCUUCUUUUCUUCUUUUAUUGCGAGGCGAGCGCGUGCGGAGGGGGAGGGCGGGGAUGGGCGGGGGAGUAAGGAACGUAGAGAUCUCGCUUUCCCGGUUUUUUCCUCGUUUUGGAUUUUCGUUUUCGAUUUUGUUGAUUCGGCGUCGGCAGCCUUUCUCCACCCCCCGUCCCCGCGAGUCGGUGGUUCGAUCCAAAUCUGGGGAGCACCGGAGCCGUGGCGCCAUCUUCUGUGACCGUUUGUACAUAUAUUUAACAUUCGCGACGGUCUUCGACGAAGGAUCAGGAUGUGCGUAGCGGCGUCGGGGAGAGGUCACAGGUCAAAGGUCAAAGGUCACAUACAUUGGGGUGUCACGAGCUGCGACCAAAGUCUGAAGGUGACAGUUGACACAGUUGGCAGUCGCAGACAACGGUCGUACGCGCUACUUAUACAUCACGAACCGAACCGUGACCCUACGUCGCAAACCGUGACCUUACGUCGCAAUCCGUGACCUUACGUCGCAAACCGUGACCCUGCGUCGCAAACCGUGACCCUGCGUCGCAAACCGUGACCUUACGUCGCAAUCCGUGACCCUGCGUCGCAAACCGUGACCUUACGUCGCAAUCCGUGACCCUGCAUCGCAAACCGUGACCUUACGUCGCAAUCCGUGACCCUACGUCGCAAUCCGUGACCCUACGUCGCAAUCCGUGACCCUACGUCGCAAUCCGUGACCUUACGUCGCAAUCCGUGACCCUACGUCGCAAACCGUGACCUUACGUCGCAAUCCGUGACCCUACGUCGCAAUCCGUGACUUUACGUCGCAAUCCGUGACCAUACGUCUCAAACCGUGACCUUACGUCGCAAUCCGUGACCCUACGUCUCAAACCGUGCCCCUGCGUCGCAAUCCGUGACCCAACAACGCAAUCCGUGACCCUACGUCGCAAUGCGUGACCGUACGUCACCGCCAGGGGGCGCCCCGCCCUCCUUCCCGUGCCGACCAAUCAAA